UAGACACCAUGGUCAUCGCUCCAGUGGGCACCUCUGGUCGCGUACCAUCUCCAAUAAGCUGACACACAUCACACAUAUAUACAAAGAUAGCACGGAUUGGAUUUGGAUUUGCAGUCUGCAGCGUUAAACAAACCGAGCGAUCGCCUUUCAGCCCAUGUAAGAUAGCGCCUGAACUGGAACCCACCCGCCGGAGCAACGCUGGAGCAGAAGCAGCCGCAGCACAGACCAGAACACCUGAUAAGUUUCGCAAACGCGCACCCCAGCCCGCAGAUCUACUCCGCCGUAAAAUGGUCAAGCUGUUCGCACUCAGCAUCUUUCACAAGGGCGCCAGCGAGGCGCGCUUGCUGAAGACGACGUCCGACCUGCAGUCCUUCUCCUUUUUCCAACGUGGCACCGUCAACGAGUUCAUGACCUUUGCCUCCAAGACGAUUGUGGAGCGCACCCAGCCGACGCAGCGGCAGCUGGUGAAACAGGACGCCUACAUCUGCUACGUUUAUGUGCGCGCCGACAACCUCUCGGGCGUCCUGAUAGCCGACCAUGAGUACCCCCAGCGGGUGGCGCACACGCUGCUCACCAAGAUACUGGACGACUUCGCGGCCAAGGUGCCGGCGGACCAGUGGCCCCAGGGCACGGAGGCCACCAUCGCGUUCGAUUUGCUGCCGGCGUUCCUCGCCCGCUACCAGAAUCCCGUCGAGGCCGACCCGCUCACGAAAAUGCAGAACGACCUGGACGAAACGAAGAUCAUCCUGAAGAACACCAUCGAGGCGGUGCUGGAGAGGGGCGAGAAGCUGGACGACAUGGUGAACAAGUCCGAGAAGCUGUCGCUGCAGAGCAAGGCCUUCUACAAGACGGCGAAAAAGACCAAUUCCUGCUGCAGCUUCACCUAGGCGGCCGGGCCAGGUCAGUUGUCCCGUGUAUCUAUCUCAUUCCCCACAUCUCGCGCCUAGGAAACAGGAAACACCAUACGAUUCAAAUCAAAGACACCAACUGCAACUGCAACUACUAACAGAAACAUAAACGGAAACGGAAACAACCAAGCGACUUGGAGCGAAGGGAGCUGCAAGGCAAGGCGCUCGAGUUGGAGUUUCGAUUGCUUUUUAUAAAUGAAUUAGUUAAUUUUAUAUCUAUAUAUAUAUAUAUCUAUAUCUAAUACGUGUACCGUGCCGUACUGAAUGAUUAGGAGAAGCCAACGCCCCAAUGCUCCCAGUGUGUUAAAUUGUCUGUCUGUCUACGCUUUGGAUACUUGGAUAUUUAGAUACUUUGAUGUUAACUCUACCAAUACAAAAUCUACGAUCUAAACAUAUUUGCUAAAGCCGUGUUCUGUGUUCCGAUGUUUGUCGAAUUUACCGCACUGUACCACUGUCUCUGUACCCCGGUCCGCCCGGAGCAGGCGCGCCUCGAAUACUCAUCUUUUCUUACCCCUCGAGUGCGUGGCUGGCGCGCCUUCUUCGAGGGACCCUUUUCCCUAGCCGGUCCACUUGGGCUGAGACCACGGAACUGCAUGUGUGCGACUCAAUAAAGUAGAAAGUAUUAUGGGAA